AUGUCAAACCGCUACUCCAAAGCAAAGCUGCUGGGUGAUAUCGAAUCUGCGACGAAUAUGUCUCAAUCCGAACCCUUCAACCAAGAUCUUCAUCCAUCUCAAGAUUCAGAAGGUGUUAUGUUCAACGAUUCAGAUAGCAAUUCACGCAAUUUUCUGAACGCUGUGGAUAGAGAAUUUUACCUCAUGCUUCAGCAUCCUCAAAGGACUGAUGAAGAUCUUUUAUCUUCCUUUGCAUCAGGACAUCGCGCUGCUGCAAAGUCGAAGGGAGGACUUGAGGAAGAGAUGAAAACAUUUCGAGAAAACUUCAGAAGGCGUAGCAAGAACACUGACAGACCUGAAAGAGAUGUUCUUAAAGAGAUAGCUCCAGAAUCCCAAUCCCAUAUGGAAGAUUCAAAAACCAUCUGGGCUUUCAUGAGUACCCUGCGGGAUGACGUGGAUAAGCUGCAAGAGAUACUGAAAGGUUUUGGGCAAGGUAAAGACUUGUGGAUCUAUGAGAGAAAGCUAGAUGGAAUAGUCGGCGCUCUAGAUGAGCUUGCUGAGCUUGGUAGUGAUGAGAAGGUGGUCGAGAGAUCGAAGCAGGGUGUGGAGGAUAUCAAGGGAUACUUAAGGAAAUGCACGAAUAAAAUUGAUAUGUUGGAGAAGGAGUUGGGGGAGGCAAAGAAAGACAUUUAUGGAAUUGGGAAAAGAGAGUGA